UUGUAGUUUUUGUUUUGGCAUGUGCUUUGCUUAUAUUUUUUUAUUCGUAGUAUUCUAGUUUUUUCAAAAUAGUGGCUAUAGUAGAACAGUUAACAAUUAUUUUGUUAUUAAUAAACGUCUGAAAAUGAAACCUCAGAAAAAAGUAAUCAUAACAAUUGGAUCACAAGAUCAGGAAAAUGUUAAAGAUACACGCCGAAUGUUUAAAGAUUUACAAAGAGAUGCUACAGAUAAAGAAAAUUUAAUCGGCAGAUCGUCUACGAAAGAUUCAUUAAAAUCUCAACUUUCCAAGGAUUCUUCUAAAGUCGAACCUAUCAAAAAAAAAAUCUCGAUGUCAGAUAAAGCCGUACAAGUUGGAGAACUUACUAUAACAAAAGAAGAUUUAAUUUCUGAUGAACCUAGUAUCGACUAUUGGAAACAACUCGCCGAAACUAGGGGACAAUCUUUAAACGACAGUUUACACGAAAUCGAAGUCCUGAAGGAGAAUAUUUCGACAUUAAAAGAAGAAAACAGGAUAUGUAAGGAAAUGUUGGAGGAAUCCAAGCAAUUAGUUGAAGUUUUACAGGAGAUGUUGGGUGAACAGGACGAUACAGAAUCUCAAGAAAAUGAUCCAAAUGUUUAACUAAAACAGAAUUAGUUACUCUCAUAUCAAUUUAACCAGUUUGACUGCAUCACUAAUUAAUAUUUCGAUUUAUAUACGAUUUAAUUGAACGUUUUAGUUUAUAUUUUUGUAAAAUUAUAAAAAUUAGGAUGUACUGUAGUAGUAAUAUAUUUUUGACGAUUU